GCAAGGAACCGGGGCCAUCGGUGGCAUGGGAUGCCGCCAUCGCAAAGCUCGGUAGCGGCGAAGGCCAAAUUCAGUCGAACGGCUGGUUGAACGGGUGGUUGAAUGACGAAGGUGCCGCUCAUCCCCCCCUUCACCCUCUAUAAGCCCCCUCCAUUGGCUUUUGUCGCAUCUGUGCCUUUCGCUCGCCCUCCUGGACAUAUCGCGGUACAUACAUAUCACGUUGCUACUGUACCUAGGUGGGUAUCCCGAUAUUCCGCCGCCCAAGUACUCUGUUGGCCAAUCCGAACCGCAUUCGGAAAGCACGCCCGCCUCGCGCCAACACGAUUCGCAGAGGAAAAAGACCCACCUACUCCUCCGUAGUUGUACAUACUCUCCCCAACAGCUUCGACCAAGUCAUCCAGCCAGAGCCACCUCCUGCGCACAUGCCGAAUUGAGCCAAUCGUCUCACCCUUCCG